CCGACUUUACCAUUCAAAACCAAAAACUCUUGGGCAGGUAACAUCCCAAUUACAGGUACAACUGUUCAAGAUGCAACUCUGUACUUCUGGCUAUGGGGUAAAGAUGCCAAAGAUUCAGGCGAUGAUUUGGUCAUUUGGUUAAAUGGUGGGCCGGGUUGUUCAAGUCUAACAGGAAUGGUGCAAGAGAACGGUCCCUUUUUGUACCUGAAUAAAAAUUACAAACCAUUCCCAAACGGAUACAGCUUUACAAGAGCAGCCAAUGUACUGUACGUUGAACAGCCUGUACAUACGGGAUUCACCACCGGAAUCACAGAAAACACAAAUGAAGACGAAGUUGCCGCACAAUUCGCCUCUUUUUUGGCAAACUUUUACAAAAUCUUCCCCGAGUUGGCAACAAAGAAGCUCUGGAUCACCGGGGAGAGUUACGCCGGGACUUAUAUCCCCUAUAUCAUGACUUAUCUUUACCAACAAGGCCAAACACCUCAAUUAGCAGGUGGUAAGAUCAACGAUGGAUCGAUCACCGACCAAAGACUUCAAGAAGAUGUUGUAGUCUACCAAUUUUCCGUUCAACAUCAAAAAGCAUUAAACUUUACCGACGAUGACAUUGCUCAAAUCAAAGCUGAAUCGGAUAAAUGUGGAUUGACCACAUUUGUUGAACAAAAUUUGAAUUACCCACCGAAAGGAAGACUACCAGGCUACUCCGAUUCAUGUCAACCCUACGAUACUUAUUACAACUUGGCGAACCAAAGAAACCCACAAUUCAACGUUUACAAUAUCGAUAUUCCCUCUCCGGACCCAAACAGUCCGCUCGGUUAUCCUAACAGUGGAGCUGCACAAUAUUUGCACAAGACCUUCUUUGAUAAUUACGAUCUGCAAACAUACAUCCAUGCACCGCAUCAAAAAUGGGUUGAAUGUGCAGUGGUGUUUGUAGCCGACAAAGAUACAAGCAAGAAGCCAGACAGACAACCAAAUUUCAAUCAUAGCAUCUUGGCAAACAUUAUUGAAAAGAGUAAAAAUUUCAUUAUCAUGAAUGGAGAUUUAGAUGGAUUAUUGAUCACAAAUGGUACUUCUUUGGCUUUGCAAAAUCUUACAUGGAAUAACGCCCAAGGGUUUUCAAAACCCCCUGUAACGCCACUUUACGAUUUAGAAGGAAAUCAAAAGGCUGUCUCUACCCACGAAAGGGGAUUAUCUUAUGCAACCGUACCGGGAGCAGGACAUAUGGUA